UCUGCACUAGGUAGUUUUCCCAUUACUAUUCUAGCCAUAAUGAUGCAUUUCUUUUUUGGUGAAUAUAUUACAGAAUUCAACCUACAUGCUGGUGAUGGUGGAUCCAGACGCCCCUAGCAGGGCUUCGCCCCAAGCUCGGUACUGGAGACAUUGGCUGGUGGUAGAUAUCAAAGGCGCUGACUUGAAGAAAGGAACGGUAAAGGGCCAGGAGUUAACAACCUACGAGCCUCCGACCCCACCUCCCCAAACUGGCUUCCAUCGCUACCAGUUCAGCGUCUUUCUCCAGGACGGCAAGGCCAUCUCUCUCCUUCCGCAAGAAAGCGCAGCGCGAGGCUUUUGGGGACUGGAACAAUUUCUGAUUCGCUUCCAACUGACUAACCCUGAAGCAAGAACCCAGUUCAUGACCCAGAAUUACGAGGACUCGCCAGAUGUCUCGCCAGAACCUGCCCCUCCCGCACAAGGAGUCAGUGCGCCUAAAGACAAACUCAAGAUGUCAGGCUUCGCCUUUCUGGUGUGUGUCCACCUUGCCCACCACCUAUAGUCUGGGUCUGA